AUGGAUCUUUCCAUUCUGGAUCAUAUUCAGCCGCUAUUUAAUCUAGAAUUUGUCUCAAGAUCAUCAGGAUCUGAUCAAAGCGAGCCCUCAGAUGACUACUCAUUUGAUUAUUCCAUUAAUUUGGAAGAUGAUUUCAAAAACUGUCCAUCAAAAACACCAUUCGAGUAUGUGCCUCACGCCAUCGUAAAUAUCAGCAAGCAUCGUCAAGAAAUUCGCGAAAAUUACAAUCAACAUUUUCAUGAGAUAAAAAAGGAUAUAAAGGUAAUCAUAGUUGAUUGGUGCAUCAGAGUCUACCUAGAGAUGUCUUUAUCAAAAGAAACACUGUUCCUUGGGAUUUAUAUCCUUAAUACAAUUCUCAGAAUUAAAAGCGUUAAAAGAUGUCACUUACAGUUGGUUGCCGCAACUUCUUUGUGGAUAGCCUCUAAAAUAGAAGAAGCAAGUACUCCAACUUUAUCCGAUUUUGUAACCGUGUGCGGAAACAAUUACUCAACCAGAGAGUUCUAUGCAUGUGAAAAAUGCAUACUACGGUAUAUGAACUACGAUAUAGCCAUUGCAACUCAUCAAUUUUAUAUUGACUUAGCACUGGGAACAUUUGAUGCAUCGGAGAGCUACAAAAUGUCUGUAGAAAUAAUUUCUUUAGUUUCGCUCUUCCUUGACGAUUUAACAGAUUCUCCAAAUAUCGCUUCAGCAAUUUUGUCUCUUGCUGCUUCAAUAUCUCACGAGAAUGACUCGAUAUGGAAGCUUUCAUUUCCUAUUAAUGAACCUUCAGUUAUGAUACUUGUCAGUCAAUUAUCAGAUAAUUUUAAGGAGCAAUUAGCUUUCAAGAAUAGCAUUAUCAGCAAAAAAUUCAAAACUAUGAAUGAUAGUAUUUGCCGAAACAAUGCAAUUUAA